GUGCGCGUGCACAGCGAAGGACAAGAUUAUAUUCCGAGACCUGGCGACCCGCUUGGCACACUGAAGGAAGAGAGCGGCACAGAGGAGCCGAUUUCUUUGGAGUCGCACAUCGAGCGUGUCCGUUCCAGUCAACGCCUAUCAGCCUUGGCGUCUGGGGACACUGCCAGCAGUGCCGCGUCACAAGCCGCUAUGUCGGAGGGCCAAGAGCUAGCAGAACAGCUUCUGCGUUUAAGCGGAACACCUCUCGUGAGUCGAUCCAAUUCCAGGGUUGCCGCACGCGGUGCUGUUGAGAAGGGCGCUUCUUCGACCGAUGACGCGGAGGCGGAAAUUGUGGGCGUUCUUGUGACUACGCUAAAAAAAAUCCGCUCGCAGUCCAUUUUGGCGAGUAGCAGUGCCCGUGAUGGAAAAGAGAAGACAUCAACUUCAAGUUCUUCUGGUACCAAGGAGAAACGAAAAAAUCAAGAUUCAUCAGAAGACCACAACAUCACUUCUACGGACACCAUCGUUGAUGACUUGCUCGGAAAUAUCCAGAGAAUCCAGUCGAUUUCGAAGGCUAUCUCUAAGGAAGAACAAUCUUCUCUUCAGAAGUCGAAUGGCCGCCUUUCUCGUAGUACAUCUUCCGCGGCGUCUUCGCUUGCUAGCGCACUAAAGAAGCAGAAGUCUCGCGUGGUAGAUCCGCUGUCCUCCUCAUCGCAGUCUGGUGGAGUUGUAUCUUCCGACGGUUCCGUGCUGCCACCUAAGGCGCCACCUGCAAUGAUUAAACGGCCGAGCCGAUCUGUGAAUAUCGCGAGAAGUUCAAUCGUUUCGGGUGAAGGAGCACCUCCAGGUCGUUUAUCCAGCGACGAAGAAGCGGACGCUGCUGCUCCCGCUUGGUAUGCCAAAGCUUCUACCGCAGGUACGCUAGGAGAGAGCAGGCGCUAUGCGAUUGAACACGAACUAGAAGCGGCACUGCAGAGAGUCCGGACAUCGCUUCAGAUGGAAAGACGAGAGCUUCCAGGAGGUCUCGCUGCUGUUGCUGCCGUUCCAGAAGUCCAAUUGCAGUCUUCGGCAAGAAGCGGGUCCAGUUCCGGACGAGGAGCCAACGAGGCGGCCGCGGCUGCUCCGACGACGUCUUCUUCUAGCAAGGCCGUGUACAAAAACGUCCUUUACGAAGCCUCACGUGUGGAGAAGGAGUUGUCCGCUGCCUUGACGAAGGUCCGUGCGGUGCAGAAAGUCGCGGCUUCAGCUGCUCUGAUGGAAGCUGGCGUCACAACAGAAAUGGU